AUGUCUGGCGGCACCCUGUUAUGGCAAAGAGUUAGGCUGCACAGCAGUUUAGCCCUAUCCGGUUACGUUGUGUGUUAUGUCGUCUUAGACUUCGUCUCCCUGGUUGGCAGAGCGCGCGCACUCAAGGCGAGAAACUUAAGGCCAGAUGAAAGGAGUGACGAGGAGGCGGCUAGUCGACUCCGGCCCGCUUGUCUGCCCGCCUGCCCGCCUGCCCGCGGUUCUGCUGCGUGCAAUUGCGAGAGCAGAACAAAAGUCUGUGGUGCUAAGGCCAGGAAGUCGACGCUCUCAUUCACUCUGUUUCUGUGUCUAUCUACAUGUCCGUGUAUUGAUCUACCUGUCGGUCCGGUCGUCUCUCCCUCCGUCCGUCCAACCGUGCUUUGCUGUCGCUUUUGGAAGAGGCAGAGUGCGUAUGUAGGGGGCGGGACUAGUCACGCAGUCUCGCCAACUCGUCUUCUUUAUCUCGCCCCACCAACAGCCUCCUUCCCGUCACCUCAGGACACUGCUCUUUGCUCCAAUCGAUUGCCGGCUGCCAGAAUCGAUCAGGCAAGAAAGCCGUCGUAUUCGGCCCUGCUCAGGCGAGCUUCACUUGUCUGA